UCGACAGUUUAUUGAUUUUUCGCCGAGCGCCUUCACAAGUUGGAAAAUAAAACGGAUAUAAACAGAAAACUCGUGUAAAUCCAGGAAAUCUUCAUCUUCCGAGCAUUAAAAGGAUUCUUUUAGUGUUUAGCAAUGGGUGCAGCAUUUUUUCCUGUGCUCUUCUUCACUGCGCUUUGGGGAGCUGUGGGUAUUGGAAUGCCCAUUAUGACCCCAAAGGGUCCGCACCAGAAUUUGAUACGCUGCAUCCUUAUGCUGACGGCCUCCUGCUGCUGGCUCUUCUGGCUGUGCUGCUACAUGGCUCAAAUGAAUCCACUGAUUGGACCCAAGCUGAAGCGGGAUGUCGUCGCCAUGAUUGGCAGGUCGUGGGACAUGAAAAUCGUAGAAGGCUAAAAUGUGUAUCCUCCAGUCUAUCAGCAGUAUUUAAAGUGCAAUCCUAUCUAAAGUAAACCCCAGUCAUGUUAAAAAAGUGUAUUUAAAUUAUGUUGAAAAUAAAUCUGUAUCUGAUAUCGAUAACAAUUCAAA